ACUGCGCAAGGCGCAAGUUGCUCGCGACAAGUAAACAAAGUGUGACCGUUAGAUCUAGGUUAAAUAGCAGACGGUCUUCUCUGCUCAGUUUUUUUUUUUUUUAGAUAAUUUUAUUUUUAGUAGUUGUAUUUCAAUUUAAACUCAGAGAAACAGGGUAUAGGAAAUUAGUUGUAGCGUGUUUAACAUCAUUGGAUUUUGUUGUAACCAGCGGAGGGAGUUUCACCUACUUACCACCAUCUAAUUACGGAGAGAGGCGUCAUCAAAAAGGACCAUGGAAUCAUUGAAUUCAUAGUAAUAUUCAUUGAUCGGAGAAAAUGUCCGGUAGUGCUCCAGAACCCAACAACAAUGUGCCACUGAGCAACGAGCAAACUCCAAUAUUCGAGCGGGAAGAGGACAGUGACGUCACAUUUCUGGUUGGCUACGAUUCUGACACAUGGCGGAUCCCAGGACACCGUAAAGUUCUGUCACAUGUGAACCCAGUGUUCCGAACCAUGUUCGAGGGCUCUCUCGCCCCCCCGGGCCCCGUGGUCACCAUCAAGGAUGUCGACGGACGGGCCUUCGAUAAUCUACUUAGGUUCCUGUACAAGGAGGAGAUAAACCUACAGUCGGCCACGACUGCCCUCCUGACUCUAUACGCGGCACACAAGUACCUGUGCAUCGACCUGGUGAAGAAGUGCAUCAUGUACCUGGACGAGCACAUGAGCGUGGACAGCGUCCUGCGCGUCUACCAGCACCUCCGCGUCUACUCGAGCGAGGACAGCCUCGUCAAGAUCCGGACGGACGGGUGUCUCUACCAGGCGACCGCGCCCCCGCUCACACCUACCAAAUCCGGGAGCCGCGAGUCCAUCGUCCCCGAGAACGCGGAAGAACCCUCGCCGGAGGGUGACACCGUCGCCGACACCACCAACUACUUCAGUGUGAUAGACUACUAUUGUUCCUCCUUGUUGUUCAACUGCUUGCUGUACAUAGACCAGAACGCCGACGACGUCCUCAUGGAGGAGAGCCUGGAGAAUCUGUCUUCAGCCGAGUUGCAAGAGAUCCUCGAGAGAGACUCCUUGCGCGUUUCGUCGGAGUUUUUGGUUUUCAAUGCGUUGAGCCGAUGGUGCAAUUCCGAGUGUAAAAAACUCCACCUUGAGCUCACUCGGGAGAAUAAACGUAAGGUCUUGGAGGAUAAACUCCUCUUCACCUGCCGGUACCUGUUGAUGACCUCCGAAGAAUUCCUGGCGGGUCCGAUGCAGUCGGACUUCUUCGACAAGCCGGAGGAGACGUUAAUACUGUCCCUGAUUAUCAAGUCCAACGCGUGGAAUAUCUUCAAGAAACCCCAGCGGUGCCCGCGCUUGACCACCGAGAUUCUUAGUAAGAUUAGUAGUAGGCGAAGCUCAAGUUCCGGGUUCAGCUUCGAGCCGGUGCCGCUGAGCAAGCGGUCGGUCAUGCUGGACCACUACCGGGCCCCUGGGGAUUCGGACCCGGCUGCUUCCCUCCUGGCCAUCCCUCAGGGCGGAGUCUGUGAUAGUAAAGCCAAGAAGAGCAAGAGUAAAAAGCGGAAAACGAAAAACAAGACGAAAGGACCGUCGACCAGUUGUUGCGGCUCUAGCGUAGGCGAUUGCAUGCUCAGGGUUUUGAUCUGCAUAUUCGAUUGAGCGCUGAGCGAGAAGCCCGGGAAUUUUACCGUGUUUCUGUGUUGAUUUUACCAAGUUUUAUCGGUAAUUUUGCCGUGUUUUGUUGAAAAGUCGGUAAGAUCACUGUUGGUAGUUAUCUAUUGUCGAAUCCACCAAUCAUUUUAUUGUCCUCGGUAUUUUUAUCGUAUACUUCUAGUAAUUCUACCAGCUUUACCGUGUUUUGUGAGAAAAUCGGUAAAAUUACAGUUGGUUGUUACCUAUCGCCGAAUUAAUCAAUAAGUUCAUCGUCCCCGGUAAUUUUACCAUGCUUCUAGGAAUUUUACGAAUUUUAACUGUUAUUUUGUGGUACCUUGUACAAUUAACGUUUUUUCGGUAAUUUUAACGGUUUUCCUGUUAAUGUUGCCUUCUUCUCCUGUAACGUAACUUUGCCGGAUGCAAAAUUACCACACUUCCGGUACUUAUACCUGGUGUUGGGUAAUUUUACCAUCAUCUGUUAAUCCUACCGUUUUGCGGUGAUUUUACUACUUAUACCAGUUUUUACCAGUAUUUUCGAUAAAAUUACUGUCAUUAGUUACCAAUUACCGGUAUUUCAAUCAUUUUCCGGUAAUUUUACAACGUUUCCGAUCAUUUCUACCGGUAAUUUUGUAUUCAGCAAACGAAACCUGUGAAAUAAUCUCAGAAAAACAGUGCUUUUAUCAGGAGAUGAUGAAUUUUUAAAAUUCCACGAUGAAAAUUAGGUAAAUAUUGAGAAUUUCGGGUGAUAUUACUGGGUUAUUUUUUCUUAAUGAAACGUGUAUUUUGCAGUGCACAGCUCCCCAAUAAAUGUAAGCCGCUCGUAUGACGGUGGGAGAGGCAGUGGUUAACCUUGUCGUUAGCAAAAAAGUGCAAGAAUUACAUAAAAAAUUGAGAAAAUUUGUUUUUAGGAGGAUGGCAAGUUAAGCCAUUGUCUCUAUUAGAGUUGAGAACAGGGCCCUUUUUGGGGUGAUUCUAGUCAAUUUUAGUGAGUAUUUGAAGGUUAUUUGAAUUUUUAUCCGCAACGAACUAUGCCCUCUUUGAGACUUGUCUGGUGGAAUGACGUCCUAGUAGAAAUUUUCAAAUGUCAUAUUGAAGCUGAUGGCGUGUCUCAAAGUUGGGCGGUUGAGUCAUGGAGAUACGGUUUAAGCUUAGUAGCGCAAUGAGUUAGCUGUGAAUGGUUGAGGAUGGGGGAAAAAUUGAACCUAUGACACUGCCGACUGAGGAAUGUGACCGUGUGAGAAGUUGGAUUUUGCCAAAUCUUUCCAUGUUUUUCAUAGGAUUUUCGAAUAUUAUAGAUUAAAUUGCGAAUGAAAAUCUCUGAAAAAAUCAUCGGAAAGUGUUUUUCUCUACGAGGAGACAUUUGGCAAAAGGUGAAUGUUCAUACGGUCUUUUUUCUCAGCUCAAUAAGCUAAAAGUUCAUCCAAUGAAGUUAUUGUGCCAGUAGUAGCCUCAGUAAAAUGAUCUGUUUUUGUGUUAACCAUUUAAUUUGUCAAAGCUAUAUCAAGUUUUCUUUCAACGUGAAACCACCAUUCUGUUUAAAUUACCCUUCACAUGUAUGGGCAAAAAUUCUCAAAACGGUUUUCUUCAAACUUGCUGUAGGCAAUGUCAAAGCAUUUUUAAAAAACCUUCCUAGGUCAAUUAAACGACCAUAAUUGCUGCACUUACGCCCAUAUGAUAACAAUAGGGUUACGCAUACCCACUUAGCAACCAAGUUGGCUGAGCAGGGUUCUACUCAGAUUUCAGAGCUUCAAGCAGCCAGCUGAUCUUUGAACUUAAGCUAUGUAAUUUGUGCGGUCAUUUUUUUCUAAUCGUUCAAUUGAAGGCAAACACGCACUUUUAUUUUUUCUAUCUAAGAAACUUGAUUAGCAGCGUUAAAUGUGUUCACCUUUACAGCAGCAAACAGGCAAAAAUAGUCACAUAGUGCAAUAGUGGUGUGAAAGUGUUUGAAUAGUUGCAUUCGAAUAGAUUAAUGCUAUGUUUAACAGGAACAGAACAUCUACUCCAGAUUUCUUUGGGAAUUGUUUAGUUAUUUGCUAGAGCGGCAGGAAUAUAUUUGAAUGCAACUAUUCUAACACCAAUGUCGAUUUCUUUGCCUACCUACCGCUAUGAAGGCGGUAGGUGAAGGUGUUCAAUUUAUUAUUUAGGUAGGCAUGAAAACUUCGAGGAUUGUGACCAUUGCUGAAAACAAUGACUCAUAUCAACUGAUAUGGCUAUUCAUCUAAUGAUUAGAUUUCUUAAACACUUAGACGGGUCAUUUCUACUGAGCGAUUUUAUUAUUUCAUAUUCUACACACAAUCAUAGCAGAUACAGAUUACAAUUAGUUUAAAAAAUUGCUGUUAGAUUCUGGAUCAUGUAUUUUCUCCACUCUAAACUUUUGCAAUGACUUAAGUGUUAAGUGACACCAAUCUGUCUGCUUCGAGAAGUUUAAUUAUAGUUCCUCUCAUUUCUUAUUUCCCCCAAAAAAGUAUUCGGCAAAUUAUUGUUGAAAAUUCGCGGGAAAUGACCUGUGUAGAAACUUUUGGUAAAAUGAAUUUCUUUAUCUCUGAAAAUUCAUUGAUUCUUUUGAGAAGCGACGAAAAUAUACCAUGAGAGGAAACUUCAAAACUCCACAGAUCAGAUCAUUUAUAGAGCUUUAACAUGUCUCCAUUUUAAUUGUGUGAAUCGAUGUUACUUUUUAUUUCCAUUUUGUAAUUGAAGGUUAUUUAUUAGUCAUAAGCUAAGCGAUCAAAGUGCAAUGAAAUUGAUGUUUGUAACCAAUCACGGGGAAGGGACCUCAGUGCCUUAAAAAUUGCAACUGAGACACUAACCAGUGGCGAGACGUGAUAAUCGACUCUCGAUGUUAUCCCAUUUGAAGCUAUAGUAAAGAAGCUACGACGGUGGUGUUCAUCGAGAACGUCUUGAUAAUCGAUCUUUUUUCAUAGGUUUGAAUGGAAUAUCAAUCGAUACAUCGCAAAACAUGCCGAGCCACUGACUUUAACAUCACUCCUAGAGAGCGAUUUACAAGCAUGUUAUAUUAAUAAAUAAAAAGACGCCCAAAAAUUUCAAACUGAACAGGAGGCAUGAAGAUUCACGGGUUACAAGCGGAAAAAGCAUUUAUGAGAGAGAAAAAAUGUACAGUUUUUAUCUAUUUGUUUUGGGCUCCAGAGCGCAGAAUUAUAGUGCAACUAAAGCCUCACUAACACAAAAAUGUCUUUGACCGCUUGCAACUCAGUUUUUGCAAUAAUGUGGAAUGAGUUCCGCUAAACUGAAUUUCCAAAUUAUUGGUUCAACUAAACAAAGAUCCUGAAAAAUCUGCUUUCAUUCAUCAAAGUCCCUCUCCGCUUAGCAGUCACAAUUGAAAUAAAUUUUGCAACAAGAAUCCUACAGUAAGGCUUACUUUAGAAACAACAUAUUCCGAGGGAUUUCCAAUGGAUUUUCUGUGCAGAAAAGUGACAAUUACCAGAUGAGCCAGAAGUAGUAGUUUUUUAUUGCAAAAUAUAGUCCAUUUGAUGAUGUGAGUACAUACCAUACUCAGACCUCGUAUAAAGAAUGGGGUAAAAUAUAAUGUACGGUGCCUACCGCUAUAGAUAUGGCGAGUUUAUUCAACGGAGAGACGAUGAUCAUGACAUACUUACUCUAAUCAUAAAUUAUAUUUAUACUUAUGCGAAAUUUCUUAGAUUCGUUAUUCUGAUCUCGUUAAUCGAUAGUAGUGCAUUUUUUAAACAAUUUCAAAACCAUAGAUCUCAUUUGAUCAAACUAUCAAACAUGGAGGAAAGAUUCUUAUGAAGCUGUUACAUCGGCUUGGAGCAAAGGGUUGUAACCAACACUUUUGGAUAAAUUGAGUCAUCCAUACCCUCAAUAUGCUUAGUGGUGAGCAAUUUGGUAGUGACACAUAACGCCGAACGCAAGAUAUCACACUUCAAAAGUUGCAAAUGACAUAGGAAGCAAUGGGACCGCUGUGUAAUUUUCUAGCUAGUGUUAUAUCGAAACGAAAACAUUGUAGUUACAAGUCUUCUACACUGAAAUAAUGAUUUAUCAUCAUAAAACAAAGUGACCGACCA